AUGGCGUCCCGCGGGCAGGGCCAGAAGGUGCAGAAGGUGAUGGUGCAGCCCAUCAACCUCAUCUUCCGCUACCUGCAGAAGAGGUCGAGGAUCCAGGUGUGGCUUUACGAGCAAGUGAACAUGCGGAUAGAAGGCUGCAUCAUCGGCUUUGACGAGUACAUGAAUUUGGUGCUGGCCGACGCAGAGGAGAUUCACUCCAAGAUAAAAUCAAGGAAACAGCUGGGCCGGACCAUGUGA